GCAGAACCAGUGUAUGUCCCAUUCCUCAUCGUUGGGUCCAUAUUUAUUGCCUUCAUCAUUGUGGGCUCUUUGGUGGCUGUCUACUGCUGUACAUGCCUGAGACCAAAACAGACCUCUCAGCAGCCAAUGAGGUUCACCUUGCGGACUUACCCCCCGGAAUCUCUUCCUAUGAUUCUCACCGGUACUGGUUUACGGACUCCAUCGAGACAGUCAAGCACCGCCACUAGCUCCACAUCUACUGGAGGAUCAGUACGCAGACUCUCCUCUUCCAGGACAGACCCUGGCUGCCUAGUAAACCUCACCACCUCCUCCAUACUCUUCUGCACACUCCAUCCAUCUGAAUCCAUCAUCUGCUUUUCUGGUCUCCACACAAUACUUCUCUUACCCACUCCAGGCAGAUGGAAACUCAAACAAAACCUGUCCUGA